CAAUGGUCCUAUAAAAGUGUUUGUAACUUCGGUCCAGCCUCAGUGAGUUUAGGAUUGUCCUGGUCAUCUGAUUUGGGAUCUGAAAAUAGGGAACAUGUUUGCAGCUCUUACACUUGUCUUUACUGUGUGUUUGACAGCCACCACUGCAGACUCCCACCAACAUCCAUGCCACUCACCUAACAUGACAGGACAGAUGUCAGUGAUGUCGCUAAAGGGUGAAAUAAAAACACAUGGGGCAUUUACCUAUGAUUCAACAGGAAAGAAACUACGGUUCAGAUCCAAUGAGAGCCACCCCACAAACACUUCUCUGGGUUUGGAUUUGCUCAUGUUUUUUGAUAAAGGUGUAUUCUAUGAAAUAGAUUCCAAAAACCAGAGCUGUGAGAAGAAGUCACUGCAUUCUGUUGAUCACCCUCUGGAUAUCCCCGAUGAUGCGAAGUUCUGUACCACGGUUACCACUGGCAGUGCAAGCAUCGAAGGAGAGGGUCUGAAAGUGAAUAUGUGGACAGGAUCAAUGCAUAAUGUGAAAGGUACCUUUAACAUGUUCGUGACAAUGGGCUGUUUGCCUGUGACCACAUUGUACUCUACAGACUCCACAUCCUUUUUGUUCAGUACCAUGGAAGUUGAGAAUGAGAUCAAGGAGCCAGAUCUUCUGAUGGUGCCAUCCUUCUGUGAACACCAGCCUUUGGAAGAGACACCUGAGGGAACAGUAAACAGCUUCUUCAAUGAGUUUGUGUAAAAUAUGCCUCUCCUGCAGAAACAAGUCAUCUCUCUGCUUCCCACGUGACGCUCAUGUUUUCUGUGCACAAAAUUUGCCUUCUUAAGAUGUAGGCCUAGUUGGAAACGGAUUGCACAUUACAAGUAUGUGACAGGAAAAAAUAUACCUUAGAAAUUUUAGUCAAAUUUACUAACAGUGGGUGGCUUUAAAAGUUGGCUCUGCAUGCAAAACAUAUAAUGAAACAUUAAAAUAUCAAUACUGUAAGUAGCGAUAAAAUUAUUGCUUUUGUAUUGACAGUUAACAAGACGGAAGAUCUGAACGACAGCUCAAACUACUGUGAAAGCAUCACUUGAAAUAAAUUUUAAUAAUAAGAAGAA